CUUCCCGGCGUUCCCCGCGGCGCGGCGUUAGCGGCGGACAAGAUGGAGGCGCACGGCGAGGAGGGGGAGGCCCCGUCGCCGCCGCCCGGGCCCGGCGGCGGCGUGAACGUCUUCGCCAACGACGGCAGCUUCCUGGAGCUCUUCAAGCGGAAGAUGGAGGCGGAGCAGCAGCGGGAGCGUGAGGCGGCGGCGGCGGCCGCGGAGGCCCCCGGCGGUGCCGGGCCCGGCCCGCACCGCCCGUCCGACGGCUCGAAGAGGAGCGGCGGCGCCCUCAGCUUCGUGGGCAGGCGGCGAGGGGGGAACAAGCUGGCCCUGAAGACGGGAGUGGUGGCCAAGAAGCAAAAGACGGAUGAGGAGGUGUUGACGAGUAAAGGCGACGCCUGGGCCAAGUACAUGGCGGAGGUGAAAAAGUACAAGGCGCAUCAGUGCAGCGACGACGACAAAACCCGGCCCCUGGUGAAAUAGCGCCCGCGCCCGGACUCGCCCCUGUAUAUACUUAUUUAAGGGCAGGGGAGGCGCCGGCCCCGCCCCUUUUAUAUCUAUAAAUACCGAUCGUGCGCCCGGGGCCGCCGCUCCCGCCCCGCCGGCAACCAGGACUUGACGCCGGCUGGCAAACUGCUGCCGCUGCCGCCUGCUGGGACCCGUCGCCACUCCUCCCCCCACCCGGCCCCUGUGUGGGGGGGUGGUUUUGGGGUAGAAAGCGGAGAAACGGGGAGGGGAGAGGCGGGAGCGGGGGGGCCGCUGUCGCAGCAUUAAAGACCUCGGAGAUUUCGGA